CCAGCCAUGUGGGUUCAGCCGAGUGAGAAGCAAAACCACGCUUCCGAAAAUGUUAGGAGCUGCUCUUCGCUCCCUCUGAGGCCUCUGGAUUAGGAACUGUGUUUCAAAUGAAAUCAUAUCUACUGAAUGGAAUUCUCGUACUUUGCUGUCAUUUUGAUGUUUUCAUCUGGUCUUCAUCACUUCUACCAGGCACUUCCUGCGAGAAUGGGGGCAGGCGCUCUCGCUAUCUGUCAAAGUAAAGCAGCGGUUCGGCUGAAAGAAGACAUGAAAAAGAUAGUGGCGGUGCCACUAAAUGAGCAGAGAAGUUCCACGUAUAAAAAGCUAUUUGGAGUCAGUCUCCAAGACCUUCAGCAACAGGGACUCACUGAGAACGGCAUUCCAGCAAUAGUGGAGAAUAUAGUGGAGUAUUUGACGAAACAUGGACUCACCCAGGAAGGCCUUUUUAGGGUGAAUGGCAACGUAAAGGUGGUGGAACAGCUCCGAUGGAAGUUUGAGAGCGGAGUGCCAGUGGAGCUCGGGAAAGACGGGGACGUCUGCUCAGCAGCCAGUCUGUUAAAGCUCUUCCUGAGGGAGCUGCCAGAGCGCGUGAUCACCUCAGCCCUACAGCCUCGAUUCAUUCAACUCUUCCAGGAUGACAGAAAUGAUGCUCAGGACGGUAGCUUAAGAGCAUUAAUAAAAGAGCUGCCAGACGUCCACUACUGCCUCCUCAAGUACCUAUGCCAGUUCUUGACAGAAGUGGCCAAGCACCAUGUGCAGAAUCGCAUGAAUGUUCACAAUCUCGCCACUGUAUUUGGGCCAAAUUGCUUUCAUGUGCCACCUGGGCUUGAAGGCAUCAAAGAACAAGACAUCUGCAACAAGAUAAUGGCUAAAUUACUAGAAAAUUAUGAUACCUUGUUUGAAGUAGAGUAUACGGGAAAUGAUAACCAGAGAUGUGAAAACAUGGCUAGGAUUAUCAUAGUAAAAGAGGCCAGUUGUAAGAACCCCUUACCCAUCCUUCUGACAAAAGACUUAGACAUGCAAAAACCAUCUCUAAAAACCAGGAUCCCAAAAUCCAGGAGUGAGGGAUCUAUUCAGUCACACAGAGUACCACAACCAGAGCUGUCAGAUGGUGUUCCUCAGGUCAGCCUGCGGCUAAGUCGUAGAAAACCCUACUGGAAUGAUGUGAAUUCAGCAGAAGAUGCUAGUGGUGCGAAGUUGGUAUCCAGUUCGCAGGAGGAUGAAAGACCUAUGUCACCUUUCUAUUUGAGUACGCAUGUAUCCCAAGUCAGCAAUGUUUCAACAACUGGAGAACUCUUAGAAAGAACCAUCCGGUCAGCCGUAGAGCAGCAUCUUUUUGAUGUUAAUGGCCCUGGAGGCCAAAGUUCAGAGGACUCAGAGUCUGGAACAUCAUCAGCGUCUUCUUCCACAUCUGCCAGACAGCGCCGCCGCCAGUCCAAAGAGCAGGAUGAAGUUCGACGCAGCAGAGAUGUGGGACUUAUCGACAAAGAAAAUAUUCCUUCUGGGUUCAGCAGCCUCGAAGAUUGUAUUUUGAGUGCUCAGGAAGUGGAAAAGUUGUAUGAAAAUACUUCUGGUUGUGUUGGAGAAAGGGGCAAACCUAAACGUCAGAAAUCCAGUUCCAAACUCUCUGAACUCAGUGAAAAUCAAGAUGGUCUUGUGAAUAUGGAAAGCCUCAACUCCACACCAUCUCAUGAGAGGGCUGGACCUGAUGAUGUUGAACUGAUGUCCGAUGAAAGCAAAGAAAAUGAAAAAGACGGCAGACAUACCCAGCAUUUUGAGAACCCCACAAUGAAGAUUCAGGAGCACUCCGGCAUAACUGACACCAAACUGCAGAGGACCCAAGAUGCCGAUGAGCAGCAGGAGAGCUUUGUCUCCGAAGUGCCUGAGCUGGACCUGACUGCAUUGUGUGACGAGAAGAGCUGGGAAGAGCCAGUCCCUACCUUCUCGUGGCAGCAGGAGAACGUGGACUCCGACGAAGCACACCUCUCCCCGCAGGCUGGGCGCCUGAUUCGUCAGCUCCUGGAUGAGGACAGUGACCCCAUGCUCUCUCCUCGGUUCUAUGCUUAUGGGCAGAGUCGGCAAUACCUGGAUGACACAGAAGUGCCUCCUUCUCCCCCAAAUUCCCAUUCUUUCAUGAGGCGACGGAGCUCCUCUCUCGGGUCCUACGAUGAUGAGCAGGAGGACCUGACGCCUGCCCAGCUCACGCGACGGAUUCAGAGCCUUAAAAAGAAGAUCCGAAAGUUUGAAGAUAGAUUUGAAGAAGAGAGGAAGUACAGACCUUCCCACAGUGACAAAGCAGCCAAUCCAGAGGUUCUAAAAUGGACAAAUGACCUUGCCAAAUUCCGGAAACAACUUAAAGAGUCAAAACUAAAGAUAUCUGAAGAGGACCUAACCCCCAGGAUGCGGCAGCGAAGUAACACGCUCCCCAAGAGUUUUGGUUCCCAGCUUGAGAAAGAAGAGGAGAAGAAGCAAGAGCUCAUGGAUAAAGUAAUAAAGCCCAGCGUUGAAGCCACACUGGAAUCCAUCCAGAGGAAGCUCCAGGAGAAGCGGACAGAAACCAGCCGUCCUGAGGACAUUAAGGAUAUGACCAAAGACCAGAUUGCUAAUGAGAAGGUAGCUCUGCAGAAAGCUCUGCUAUAUUAUGAAAGCAUCCAUGGACGGCCGGUAACCAAGAACGAACGUCAGGUCAUGAAGCCGCUGUAUGACAGAUACCGGCUGGUCAAACAGAUCCUGUCCAGAGCCAACACCAUACCCAUCAUUGGAUCCCCCUCCAGCAAGCGGAGAAGCCCUUUGCUGCAGCCAAUUAUUGAGGGCGAAACUGCUUCCUUCUUCAAGGAGAUAAAGGAAGAAGAUGAGGGGUCAGAAGAUGACAGCAACACAAAGCCGGACUUCACAGUCACUCUGAAAACCGAUUUCAGUGCACGUUGCUUCCUGGACCAAUUUGAAGAUGAUGCUGAUGGGUUUAUUUCCCCAAUGGAUGAUAAAAUACCAUCAAAAUGCAGCCAAGACACCGGGCUUUCAAACCUCCAUGCUGCUUCAAUACCGGAACUCUUAGAACAUCUUCAGGAAAUGAGAGAACAAAAGAAAAGGAUUCGAAAGAAACUUCGUGAUUUUGAAGACAAUUUUUUCAGACAAAAUGGAAGAAGUGUCCAGAAGGAAGACCGCACUCCUAUGGCUGAAGAAUACAAUGAAUAUAAGCACAUAAAGGCAAAAUUAAGGCUCUUGGAGGUGCUCAUCAGCAAGAGAGACACUGAUUCCAAGUCCAUGUAAGGGGCACAGCCCCAGCCGGCACUAAGGGGGCUGAAGGUGCAGGCUGGACUUGCUACCCGCCUCCCCUGGUAAAUAGCAGCUCUGCGAAACCUGGAAGGCAGCUGGACCUCAGAGCACACAGCCCUACUGCCUCGGGCCUUUGGGAUCAGCUCCAGCUUCCAUCGCCUGCCUUAGAAGCUGUCUGCAUGGGAGAGGGCAACUUGCUCCGACUUAAGACUUUUGCAAGGAACAGUCAAGAUCCCACGGGUGCACGUGGAUACUGCAGGGGAAGCUUUACUAACGUUGGCCGUGCUGAAUCACUACGUUGAGACACGCUCAUCUACAGAGAAUAUACACUAUUCUUCCCUGGAUAACAGGAGACCAUUCUCUGUCUAACUGUGAUGAAAACAAGCUCAGGACUUCCCUCUAGAGAACGAACUCGCUGUGCAGGUCCAUGUUCUCUUUCCCAGGAAAGUGGGAACACGUGCUGGAGCCCUGUUUGCUGCCUGGGCCAUUCUCAUGACCUUUCCACAGAGCUGCGCCUUUCCCCACCCGUGUGGAUCGUGUCCCCUUCAGUUCUCAGGAAGACGGAAGCCGUACCUGCCCAAAAUGGCAGUGCAGUCAUCUAUUUGAUGGUGUGUUUCUUCAAGACUCCCUCAGCUGGCAAAGCAUUUUGUUUCCUGACUAGGACUGGAUCAUCUGCAGAGGAUGGAGGGAAUGUGGCUAUAUUAAUGUUGAUUUUUAAUUCAGGCAACAGGGUGAAGAGCCUGGAAAAUUCUUUCCUGAACAUGGAUUGCACUUAUCAGUCUCAGAUUUUAACACCAAACACUGAGCAAGGCCAGCAUGCUAUGACAUCCUGUUUGGGGCUUGGUUUCAUUUAACUCUUACCAAACAUAAAAGAUCUUGCUUACUUCUUAGCUUAAGUGUUGAGGAUCAUGAGAGAGAGAAAGAGCGAGCCUGUGUUCUAAACCUUCUGAGUACUUACCAGAGUUUAAUUUUUUUUUUUUUUAAGUAAACCUGCACUAAAAUCCCCUGAAGGGUAAAUGUAGCCCUCAGAACUCAGCCCAAGGCAGAAUCUAAAUCACACUAUUUUCAAGAUCAUGUACGUAUAAAGAGGAAAAUAAGGGUGUGUGGUCACUUAUGAUUAUAAUUUUUUUCAAAGACUGUGUCACAAAGCUGUCUAUAUUAGACACUUGGGGAAGACCAGGGAAUUUAAAGCACCAAACCAUUCAUCUCUCGCUGUGCUGAUGUCACCUUGUGAUUUGUUGUUCCUUUUUAACCUUCUGCGUCUGCACGGAGGAAAGUGAAUUCUGUUUCUGCCUGUCCGUCCAAGGCCUACCUUUGUGCUUUGUGAGGUUGAGGUCAAGUGUCUGCACACCAGCCACUGGUUGCCAAGAGAAGGCACUUCAGCAGGCUCUGUCUUUUAAAGAUCAAGUCGCAGGAUGAACAGGAGAGCAAGGCUGCCCUCCUCUGUUUUGAGAGUUGCUUUCUUAAAGGGUACCAUUUUGUUUUGUUUGAUAAUAAGAAGAAAAUAAAGAGAACGCUAAACUCUAUACAGACCGGUUGUCAGUUUCGAAAUGGGCUCUUGAGAAACUGGUCAGAUUGGAUUUAUAGCAGUGUUUUCCAUUGCUGAGGUGAGGUAGAAGGUGUCAGUUGAAAAUCGUUUUAAGUCGGGAGUGGGGAAAAAGAAUACCUUUAAGUUUGCUCUUAACAAUAAUCAUAUAGAGAAGCAUGAGCUGUGUUUGGAAGUGCCCUGUUUUAAUCCACACAUUUAAAGACGGUACAUAUUCCUACAAAUUUAAAUGUACAUGAAUAUAUAGUUUGGUAUUUGCUCUACUGUUUACAUUACAGAUCACUAUAAUUUCAAGGAGUUAUAUUAUAAAUAAAAUUAAGCACUUUAGGAUGUUUUCUAUUUUUGAAAUCUGAACAUGAAUCAUUCACAUGACCAAAAAUCGUAUUUUUUAAGGAAAUACAUGUCUAGUGUGUCCUUUUUAAGUAAUUAUUCUCUUAAAUAAGCUAUAAUAUAAAUCAAAUCAUUACCAGUUAACCUUUAAAGCACAUCUGUUGAAGAGUAUUGUUUUGAAAAUACUAAUAUGCUACACACAGAAUUUUAAAAGAAAAAUGCUAUAUAAAUGAGAAGCUACUAAAUGUUUGAAAUCUGUUGUUUCUGCCAAAGGUAAAUUAAGUAAAAGACUUAUCCAGGACUCCCCAUUCAAAUUUGUAUGAUGAAUAAAAGAAAACACCAAGUUACAGUCAAAUAAAUUGUGCAUGG